AGCCAAAAGAAUGCUCAAACUCCUUUUGCUCCUUUUUACUAUCCAAUUAUGCACACCAUUCCACGUGGUUCCCAUGAGCUACUCGAUUUUGUCGGAGAACACUGAAAGUGUCAUCGAUUUGGCCGGAAAAGUUAGCGAGAAGAGAUUCUACCUUCACAUUACCAAUGAAGCUUCCCCAUUUUUUAUGUAUGUUACGCCGUGCGGAGCUGCGGUUCACUGGCAACUUUUCACAAUGGAUAAGGAUAUUAGCAUGUCUGAAGAGUUCGAUACUAUUUCCGACAUGUCAAAUUCGCUGGAAGAAUCUGAAAAAUUCAAGUUGAUCGCCGGAGAGGAUGAUAAGAAGAGAAUGACGUUUUUUGCGCAUAGUUUGCCGAAAAAAGUGAUCCUGGUGGUCCGUGCGGCGUCAACCUCCUCCGCUUCCGUCCGAAUCUUCUUCACCCCAUCCCUGUUCCGUCUCGAAGAUCAAUACCCACCACUUCCACAUGACACCCGUCUUGCCACAAACAUAAUCUCCGAGAGUACCUAUUCCAGAAGGGAUGAGGUCUCCACACUGAUCACAUGGAAAAUCUCACCGCAAGUUCGGAACGCCGAGCCGGGUCGCUACCGUAUCUGUACGAUUGUUUCGCGUCGAGACCCAGAAUUCGCGGGAAUGUGUGACCACGUGGAAGAAGGUGUGGAGACUGUCAAAUGUGUCCCACAGACAAAUAAUACCGUAGUCAUCGGCUCGUUGAGAAGAGAUCGGACAUAUUUUGUGACGGUUUUUGUGAGGGAUCACAAGAGGGGUACAUCGUCGGCGUAUGAGGUACAGACGAUUCAAACGUCGGAAGUUGUGACACACAGGAGAAAAGUUACCCGAAAUGUGCCGAGAAAGCAGAAAAAGUCGGCUCCAAGAGUUUUGAGCAACGGGCAGCUGGAGCAGGUGGAGCUGGAGCCGAAGAAGGGGACUUUUGUGAAUUUGAAGUUUUUCGUGAAUAGCCUGCCGGAGGGAGCCGAGAAUAAUACACAAUCGGCAAUGCUCAUUGUGCACGCUUGCGAUGGACUCGUACGUAUCAAUUUGUUUCGGAACGGAAAAAUUCUCAAGAGAAGCGACGCGUUUUCCGGGUUUAGAAGAUUCGUAGUCACCAACAUCCGCAGCGGACAUCUCCGUUUCCAAAUCGUAAACGACGACGAAACUCCAAAAACUAUCAGAGUCUGGGCGAGCACCGAUCUCACCACGUCACCAUACCCAAAUCUUCCAGAUGAUACCAGCGUAAAGAUUGUCGGGCGCUCGUGCUCUUCUGCCUCAAUUCAAUGGAUUCGUGCUCACGAUAGUCAUGUAAAGUACUGUGUUUAUAGAAGAAGAGAACAUUCAAAUUUUUUGGAACAUCUUGUUAGUUUGGCCGACAAUCUCUGCGAAGGCGGCCUCUCCUCAUCCGUACUCGUCGGCUGCUACACCCAUUCUCCGACCUCUUCCGAAGACGAUGCCCAAUCCCUGAUUGAGACAACAAUCGGAGGUCUUCUUCCAGCUAGUACCUACCGUUUAGACCUCCUGGCCACUCCACUAGACCGCCCGAAUGCUCAGGCUUUACCCUUCCGAACUGUCUGGGUUCGGACCAAUCGAUUCUGUGGAGUUCAUAAUUAAUUUUUUCGAAAAUAUUUUUGAAAAAGACUCUAGUUUUAAGACAUUUAAGAAUCUCCAGCUAAAUACGGGUGAUUUUUGAUUUUUUUUUUCUUAAUUCGCUAGUUUUUAGACCAAUUGUGUUGUACAUUAAAUUUCCCCUGUGCUCUUUUAAUUGUAAUUACGGUUGAAUUUUUUCAAAAUUCGGGUACACUUUCUUUAUUUUUAAAGUGAUAAAUACAUUUUUUC